CCCGGUCAUUAUUUAUUUAAAGUGUUCGAAUUGUUUUUUGUUUGGUCGUUGUUUCGUUGAUUUCUCGACAAUUUUAUCAUGAAUAUUCCAAAUCAACGACAUAAUGAUGAACCAAAAUGGCCAAUCGGUUCAGAAUAUCUAUGCGGUAUGGGUGCAGGACUGUUAAGUGUAUGUAUUACAUUUCCAAUCAAUAAACUUAUGUUUCGACAAAGUGUAUGGGGAUUUGAUGCAGCUAGUGCUUUACGUCAAUUACGUAUCGAAGGUAUCGGUUAUCUUUAUCGUGGUGUUGGACCACCAUUAUUAGUAAAACCAUUAUCAUCAUCAGUAAUGUUUGGAUCGUAUAAUCAAUUUUAUCGUAUGUUAUCUACUGAAAAUAAUAAUGUUAAUGGCUUUGAUUUCCAAGCAUCAUUAUUGGCAUCAUUAUUAUCCGGUGCUACUGAAGCAUUGAUAGCAACACCAUUCGAACGUAUUCAGAUGAUAUUACAGGAUGGUCGUUUCAAUAAUCAAUAUACAAAUAUGUUUGAUCUAUUCUAUCAGAUACGUCGUUAUGGUAUUCAAGAAUAUUAUCGUGGAUUUCGUAUUACGGUAUUACGUAAUGGACCAUCAACAUUUUUAUAUUUUUGUAGUUUAGAUUAUUGUGAACAAAAAUUAUUUCAACCAUCAUCAUCAUCAUCAUCAUCAUCAUCAACAAUAACGACAACAACACAAAUUAAUAAUCAAAGAAUUACAAAUGAAUUUAUGAGAAAAUUUAUAACUGGCGCAAUAUUAGGUGGUACAAUAUCAACAUUAAUCUAUCCAUUAAAUGUAAUACGCACAAGAAUACAGGUACAGCCAAUCGGUACAAAACAUAUGUCCAUACGUCAAGCAUUUGAACAAUUAUAUCAGGAACGUAUUGGUACAUCACGUUCAUUAGUAGCCGGUAUACAUGUAAAUCUAUUUCGAUCAUUUUUACAUUGGGGAUGUUUGACCGCUAUUUCAGAUUUCAUUCGAAAUAAAAUUAAUUAUAAUUAAUCGAUUAAUAUUGAUUUUAAACAAAAAUCCUUUCCAUUUCCGAUUUUUAUCAAUAUAGAUUCAGGGCAAAUCAUGCAUCGAUGACAGAUAAG